AUGGGACUCAUUUCCUUUGCCUCAACAGGCGCAGGUUUCAUCCUCCUAGGCUGUCUCCAAUCUCUCCGCGCUUCUCAACCAAACAAACUCAACAAACUCAACAAACUCUUCCACAUCACUCUCUCAAUCUUCACCUCUUUCAUCACACUAUCCUCAAUCAUUUCAAUUCUCAACGCAUACACCUCAAACGACGCCGUUGCGCUACCACUUCAUCUCCAAACCCUACCAAUCUCAUCACUCUUCCUAAUCCACUCUCUUCUUUCCCUCUUUCUUCCUUUUCUCCCUUCGCCUUUGCUUAACCUAAUCACCGCCUUCGGUUUCGCCGAAGAAUUUCUCCUGUUUUAUCUCCAGAGAAAAGAUCCCACCGGAAUUGAGAAUCGGUAUUAUGAUUUGUUGUUAGUUCCUAUUGCUAUUUGUGUUUUCUCUACUUUGCUUGAUUUGGGAUCUUACGAAUCCAAUGUUCCCAAAUUGGGACGGGGAAUUGGCCUUAUUUUGCAAGGAACUUGGUUUGUUCAAAUGGGGUUUUCUCUGUUUUCUUCCAAUUUUGUUGCGGAAGGGUGUAAUUUGCAUCUUUUUAGUAAAGGGAAUUAUACUUUGAGAUGUAAGGGGCAUCCGGAAUAUCAUAGAGCUAGGGCUAUUGCGACGCUUCAGUUUAAUUGUCAUCUUGCUCUUAUGGUUGUUGUGCUUGUUGCUUUUUAUUCCUUCACUUGUGGCAAAAUCGGAGAUUUGGGACGUUCUUCGACCGAGGGUUUGAAGUAUACGCAUCUUGGUGCUGAGAUGCAUUCUUUGGAGAACUUUACGUUGGAUUCUGAUGAUGAUCAAGAGGUUAAGGAUGGUAGUGUGGGGAGCGAGAAGGUGAUCAAUGGUGUUAAUGGUAAUUCUUCUUAUCAUUGA